AUGAAUCCUACGGCUGUAGACCCGACAGCGCCGCCGCCGCAGCCUCCACAGCCACCGCGCUCCUCAUUCAGUUGCGACCGCCACCCAGAUGAGCAAUUUACUGGGUUUUGCCCUUCCUGCCUCUGCGAACGCCUCACCACCUUAGAUCAAUCCUCUUCCAAUACGCCCUCCUCCUCUCGCCGCCCCUCGUCCGCCACCGCCGCCGCCAUCAAAUCUCUGUUUUCGUCUUCCUCCUCCAACAAACCGCCGCCAGCACCUAAAACUACCAGCUCCAAAUCCACCUCGUUUUUUCCUGAGCUCCGGCGAACGAAAUCUUUCUCCGCCUCUAAAAAUGAAGCUUUAGGCCUCUUUUUUGAGCCCCAGAGAAAAUCUUGUGACGUUAGGAACAGCAAGCAAUGCGAGUCUUUUGUUGCCAAUAAACCCGUUCUCGAAGAGCCCGAAAAUGGUGAUGAUGAUGAGUUUAUAGAACCCGAAAACAUAGAAGAUUUUGCUUCUGCUGUUAAUGCUGAUGAGGACAAUGACGAUGACGAUGGUGAUGAAAUUAUUCCAGUUCCAGAUACCCAUUUGGAGAAUUUUGGAAUAUCCCUUGAAAUAGAGCCGAAUAAUUCCGAAAUUGUAGAAGAAGAAGUAGCAAAUGUUAACAAUUUGAAGCCAAUGAAGGAUCAUAUAGAUCUCGAUACACAGGUCAAGAAGAGUUCAGGAGGGGGGUUUUGGGCUGCGGCUUCAGUUUUUAGUAAGAAAUGGCAAAACUGGAGGCGCAAGCAGAAGAUGAAGAAGCAGAACGAUGGCGAAAACUCGGGUACCUUGCCGGUGGAGAAACCGAUUUCCAGGCGUUACAGAGAGACUCAAUCUGAGAUUGCUGAUUACGGGUUUGGGAGAAGGUCUUGUGAUACUGAUCCAAGGUUUUCGCUCGAUGCUGGGACCGGGAGAAUCAGCUUUGAUGAUCCGAGGUACUCUUUCGAAGAGCCCCGGGCUUCAUGGGAUGGGUACUUGAUCGGGAGGAGUUUUCCGAGGAUGCCACCUAUGGUUUCUGUUAUGGAGGAUGCUCCAGCUGUCAAUGUAUCACGGUCUGAUAUGCAGAUUCCGGUAGAGGAGCCAACGGUGAUGACUGUGAAUGGUGUUAAUAAGGACGAGGGUGUGCCUGGAGGAUCGGCACAAACUCGGGAAUACUAUUCAGAUUCUUCCUCGAGGAGGAGGAAGAGUCUUGAUAGGUCUAGUUCCAUCAGGAAGACCGCGGCUGCUGUGGUGGCGGAGAUUGAUGAGUUGAAGGCAGUUUCUAAUGCUAAGGUUUCUCCAACGACAGCGGAUUAUUAUCAUGGGGCUAAGGUGUUGGUAGGAGAGCGAGAUUCGAGGGACUCAACCUCGAAUUCUUUGAGGAACUCGAAUUCAAAUUCUUUGAGGGAUGAAUGCUCUGAGGCUCUUGAGUUGGAUAAUGGGUUUAGGAGUAAUGGUUCGGUGUUAGGGAAUGGGGAGCGAAAGGAGUCAAAGAAGUCUAGGAGCUGGAGUUGGAAAAUAUGGGGUUUUAUACACCGGCGUGGUGGUGGUAACAAAGAUGAGGAUGAGGGUAGGUAUAGUAGAAUAAAUGGGGUUGAGAGGUCGUUAUCAGAGUCUUGGCAGGAGUUGAGGAACGAACGGAACACUGAUGUCAGAGGAGGAUUCAAUAGGAAUGUAUUUCGGAGCAAUAGUAGUGUGAGCUGGAGGAAUUCGAGUCAUAUUGGGGGAUCAUUUGGGAGUACGAGGAAACCGAAGCGUCCUUCGGCUGUAUUGAGAUCCAAGAUAUGGCCAUUCAACCUUCAAGAUGAUCUGCAAUUCUUAUACCCUCUUGGUAGCGACUUGAAGAUUGAGGUAGGUUGGGGUUUUCCGAAUGUCUGGGACUCGGGUUUCCCAGUUUCAGUUCUACAAGAUGUAGUGAUUGUUCAUGGGAACGCCUGCGUCCCAGAAAUAUGCAUGUCUGAAAGACUUGUGAAUUAG